UUCCUCCGGUGACGGGUCAAGGCGGGUGGAUGACCCGACCUGUCAAACCCACCGACCUAAGCACCUCUUAGGGGGAUCUUGCCCGCGGAGAAGGUUAUCUAGAUCCCGCAAACCGCCGGAGAGGCGCGUGCUGUGAAAGGGGAUCCUCUAAUGACCAAUCAGCAGCGAGAAGCCGUUUUAACGUCCCUCCCUCUUUUACUCCUUGUCCACACUUUCUUUUCGUCUCCCCUCCUCCCGUUGCUGUAUCUGUGCUGUGCGGCCCUUCCAGGACACCGUCCUCCGCGCGGCCGGCUGGGAGCUUGACGGCGACUUGCUUCCGCGACAUGGCCGGCUCAGAGGCGGAGUGGAUAACCAUUGCCAAUAACCUUCUUUUGAAAUGUCACAUACACCUGCGGAUACAUGCACUUGAAGACUGUGAUGCUAACGUUUUUAUUGCUCUUUAUCAAUCAAUUUUGGGAGAAAGGGUACCAGACCUCAUAGUUAUUCCCAGGAGUCAGGAGGACGACGCACACAAUGUACAAGCAGUAAUUGAUUCACUGGCCUUGGAUUACCUGCAGGUCAGCUUGUCUCACAUAACAGGAGAAAAUAUAGUGAGAGGAGAUAAAGAGUCUAUUAAGAAUCUCCUAGAGAUAUUUGAUGGGUUGCUGGAGUACCUUACAGAACACAGCAGUGAAACAUCUCACGAGAAAAGUGAAACUGAACAGCAUUUUAAAGAAUCACAUCAAGGAGUGCCUUUGGAAGAGCCAGAAAGUACUAAGGAAUCAUGGAAAAGAGUUUCCUUUGGGAGGUGCUCCCUGUCAUCAGAGGCGCUGGGCCCCUCUUGGGAUGAAGAUGAAGCAGAGUCCACUGGUGAAUUAAUUAGACUUGGGGAUACAGCGCAUACCUUUUCUCUAAGAAGUAAUGGUGCCCAAGAUUCUAAUGAAGUACAAUCUAAAAAAGCCACAACCUCACCAAGUUCUAAAUCCCAUGAAGAAGUGUUGAACCCCCAGUCUAGUAUUUUGUCCAGCAGCAGGACAGCCUUUGUUGAAGACAUGGAAAUUCCUUCAGUGAGUAUGACUUCAAGUGCCAGGAAGCUAGGGGAGCCUAUUCGGUCAGCCAUCCGUUUACAUCCACCCCACCACCCGUCAGAGCCUCGAGCGCCCUGCCCCAUAGGAAAGGAGUACUGCUUGUCUGCCGGGAUUUCUACUGGAGAGCCUGCGACAUUUUCUGCGGAACCAGAUGAUAGCGUUUUCUCAACUUCCAAGUUGCCUAAAAAUAGCAAACAGGAAAUAUGUUCAGCUCAGGUCCAAGGCCCCAGGACAAGGAGGCUUCCCAAAGGAAGCAGACAUGAAAACAGAUCUGCAGUUUCAUCCUGGGGUUCACCUUUUCCCCAGAGGCUAAGAAGGACGUUAACGGAACAAGAAUUGCACGCAGUAUCCGAGAAACUCUCUCAGCGGCUCUCUGAACUAGAUUGGAUGUUAAAAAGUGCCCUGGGUGAUCGAAUUAAAGAAAAGACUGAACAUGAAGAAGAGGAUGCUGGUGCUGGAAAUGAAGAGGUGGAGAAUGGAGAGGUGGAAAGUGGAAGUGCUGAGACACUGUCUCAGUACAGUGAUAGCAUCAUGGACUAUGGGCCAAAGAAGCUAAGGCCAGGACUUGCCGUGUCUAGAAAGCCACCCUACAGAUCCCACUCGCUCUCUCCUUCUCCAGUGAACAGACGCAAACCAUGCCAUAGGGAGCGAACAAAGCAGCGAAAACCAAAAGAAACAGAUAUCCGGCGAUUCCGAGCACAGGCAAUAAGUGAAGCAUUUGAAAGGGAACUAAGAAGAAAUAAAGUUCAAGAGAAUAUUGGACCUCUAGGGAUAAAUGACGAACAGGAAGAAACAGAAAAAACAUACAGAGAAGCUGUUCAUAAAGGAACGCCAAAACCUUGUCAGCCUUGGAAGAUUUACUCUAGAAAAACCACAACUCCAAGUCCAAGAGGUGGCUUCCCAAAGCCAAAUAAAGAAGUUCCAAUGAAAGUAAACGAACAGAGCCUCCUGCCCCUGAUGCUGGAGCAGUUUCCAUUUCUCUCUGUUUCUGACCAAACACUAAGCAAAAUGUGGAAACAGCAAAUUGCACAGGUUAAACAGCUCAAAAAAGAUGCAUAUGGAGAAAAUCGAUCAAAGAAGAAACUCCAGGAUGAAAUAGAAGAAGCCUUAAGAAGGCACGACCUCCUUACUGCCCUUGUCAAGAAAGAAUAUGAACAUAACAGGAGACUGCAAGACUUCAAGGAUCGCAUCAAUAGACAGAGGUUGACUCAAUCAAAGAUAAAAGAAAAUCGGCAGCAGAUUGUUCGUGCCCGCAAAUACUAUGAUGACUAUAGAGUUCAGUUGCGUGCAAAAAUGAUGAGAAUGAGGACCCGGGAAGAAAUGUUAUUUAAGAAACUAUUUGAAGAAGGUUUACAAAUUCAGAAGCAAAGAUUACGGGACCUGAGAAACUAUGCUAAAGAAAAGCGAGAUGAACAAAAGAGACAGCACCAGAAUGAACUGGACUCAAUGGAGAACUAUUAUAAAGACCAGUUUUCUUUGCUGGCUGAUGCCAUAGCACAAGAACGUCAAGAACUCAAAACUAGAGAGAAAUCCCAGGCCCAGACGUUACAUAAGGUGAAGAGGGAGCUGAGAUCUAAGAUGGAGAAGGAAAUUCAGCAGCUGCAGAACAUGAUAACACAGAACGAUGAGGAUGCUUUCUUCCGGGAACUGGAAGCUGAGCGCUUCAAAUCUCGGCUUCAUCUGGCUUCCUUUCAGUACAGUAAAAACCCCUUCCCAUGAGGCCAGACUUCACACAGUGAAGUUUCUGGAGGCCCUUACCAGAGCAGAGCUACAAUGGAGCCAGUAAACAGUCUAAAGCAGAAGAACCAUUUUAAAAUGCCUUAUCUAUGUAUUCAUUCUAGUACUUUUUAUGAAAUAAUUUUUUUUAAUAAAAGUUGCUUUCUUCAA